GCUGUCUCGACGUCCGUGAAGGCACUGCUUAAAUGUGACAAAAGUUUGCGGAGCGAGAACUGGCCAACCUCACUCGGCAGCGGUGGAGAGCCUUGAAGUGUACACCGGAGCAGCGUGCGUGUUCGUCGGAGCAGCGGAGGGAGACACCGGCAGCCUCGCACAGAAGUUGGGUGUUGGCUUCUCAUCAUGGCGCACGACCACAUGCACAUGGACAUGGAACACGACGUGACCACCAUGGCGAUGCCCCACACGGACCACGUGCACACGCCGUCCUCUCCGGAUUCGGGGGGUCACCAGGACCACAACAUGAACAUGAUGAUGCACAUGACCUUCUACCUUGGCUACCAGAACGUGGAGCUGCUCUUCUCUGGCCUCGUCAUCAACAGCGCUGGAGAGAUGGUGGGCGCCUGCAUCGCCGUCUUCCUCCUGGCCAUCUUCUAUGAGGGUCUGAAAAUCGGCCGUGAGUUUCUGCUGCGCAGGUCACAGGUGGCAGUGAGGUACAACUCCAUGCCAGUCCCGGGCCCAAAUGGCAGCAUGCUGAUGGAGACGCACAAGACGGUCGGGCAGCAGAUGAUCAGCUUCCCUCAUUUACUGCAGACGUUGCUCCACAUCAUCCAGGUGGUGGUCAGCUACUUCUUGAUGCUCGUCUUCAUGACCUACAAUGGCUACCUGUGCAUGGCCGUGGCUCUGGGCGCCGGGACCGGCUACUUCCUCUUCAGCUGGAAGAAGGCCGUGGUGGUGGACAUCACUGAGCACUGCCACUGACCCGAAGCAAAGCAGACUGACCAACGGCACUACCACCAAUUUCCGCCUUUCCCAAGACUGCUGGAGAAUCGCCCAUCUUGGAUACCCCAAAGCCCCCCCUUCUGUUAGGGACGCUGUGGCCGGUCCCAAAAUGACGCGUCACUGGGCUGACUGGCACGUAAUGCUUAACCUCCCCAACAGCCCAUCUCCAACCCUGGUAGUUCUCGCUUGACAAGGCCUGGGCACCAGGUUGGCACCUCAUUACCAGGAACAUUUCCACGUCUGAGAUCACGUCAGGCGUACCACCAAAAGCCCACCCAAAAUUCCAAGAUGCGCAGCAGUGUGCCAACGGCGAGCGCCUUAGUUCACUGACCUCAGGCCAAUCUGUGCCUCAUCGUAGCUGCUGUGAUGGCCGCUUCGGGCUGGCGUGGGCUUCUCCACCAUUGGCCCCGUGGCGUGCUAGUGAAGGAUCAGUUUAUUCCUUUUCUUUUUUUUUAUUGUUUUUAAUGUAUUUUAAUUAUUAAUUACGUUAAGAAUCAGGUCCACGUUUAUUUAUCUCUAACUUUACGUUGAAGUCGAUUUGAAAAAUGAAGUUCUUGGGGUGACCUCGCUAGACUGCUGGCACAUCCCGUCCUUUGAGCUGGGAUUUCAAGGACGGGACUGAAGUGCAGUCAGCAGGGAAUUCCGGAAACCCAACAGACCCUCCUUUUCCCCCCCCCACCCAUUCCAAAGGGGGUAUGGAAAUGAGGGGGGAUUUGAGUAGCAUUAUUAUAGAGGGGCACCAGACUCAGACACUAGUGACAAAUACAAUGACGUACUGCAAACCUC